CAGAUACAUCAGAAAUCUGAUUUGACUGUGGCCAGCAGGGUUUAAACGGACCGCCUGGCAACCGCCGCCGUGCGCUGUUUAGACCCAUUGCGUGUUUCAACGGCGCUACGCUCCAAGAACAGUAUUUUGGGGCUAGGGCGCUAGGUCUCAAAGUUUAGGCAGUCUUAGACACUGGUAUCUCACCCAUUGGAGCGCUCGGCCGCAUAGGCCUUGACGCAUACACUGCAACCCUACCUUGCAAACACGGGCCGAGAGUGUUGCUGUUGAACUGCGCGACGAAGGGUAUUCGCCUUACAAGGCUGAGCAAGCCUGAAACAUUCAUUGGGCUAGCAAUGGCGCCCAGAAAUGGUGCGACUGUUGGAGCGGCGGUGGCCCUUGCACUUGUCCUCUUCAUCAGCGGAACCGCCGCUCGCAAAACAGCACUGGCCGCUGUCGACAACCCGUUCGCUACUCGUCGGCUUCAACAGACUUGCCCGGGUGGGCAGUCGACCUUCUGCCAGAACAUCUUCGCCAAGUGCAUCAGCAUCACCUGCUCCGGCUACCAAAUCACCGUCGCAACUACGAGUGCCUCGGGAUGUAAGAGCGCUUACUCGUGGUUUGGCUGCGUGAAGAAUGGAGGCGGGAAUUCGUGCGGCAGUCAACCUUCCAAGAGUGACAACGCCGUCAGCUACACCUGGACACUCACCCCCAUCACCCAGACCACCGUAGGCAUCCAGAUUCACGAUGGAAGCUUCAACGGCCAAGGUACCGAGACCUGCCCCCUCACGGGGGGUUGCGUGUCCCCUCCGCCGUCGCCUGAGCCCCCGUCGCCUGCUCCUCCCUCUCCCGAGCCCCCGUCGCCUGAGCCCCCGUCGCCUGCUCCUCCCUCUCCCGAGCCGCCGUCGCCUGAGCCCCCGUCGCCUGCUCCUCCCUCUCCCGAGCCCCCGUCGCCUGAGCCCCCGUCGCCUGCUCCUCCCUCUCCCGAGCCGCCGUCGCCUGAGCCCCCGUCGCCUGCUCCUCCCUCUCCCGAGCCGCCGUCACCUGAGCCCCCGUCGCCUGCUCCUCCCUCUCCCGAGCCGCCGUCGCCUGAGCCCCCGUCGCCUGCUCCUCCCUCUCCCGAGCCGCCGUCGCCUGAGCCCCCGUCGCCUGCUCCUCCCUCUCCUGAGCCGCCGUCGCCUGAGCCCCCGUCGCCUGCUCCUCCCUCUCCCGAGCCGCCGUCACCUGAGCCCCCGUCGCCUGCUCCUCCCUCUCCCGAGCCGCCGUCGCCUGAGCCGCCGUCGCCUGCUCCUCCCUCUCCCGAGCCGCCGUCGCCUGAGCCCCCGUCACCUGCUCCUCCCUCUCCUGAGCCGCCGUCGCCUGCUCCUCCCUCUCCUGAGCCGCCGUCGCCUGAGCCGCCGUCGCCUGCUCCUCCCUCUCCCGAGCCGCCGUCGCCUGAGCCCCCGUCGCCUGCUCCUCCCUCUCCCGAGCCACCGUCGCCCGCUCCUCCCUCUCCCGAGCCGCCGUCGCCUGAGCCCCCGUCGCCUGCUCCUCCCUCUCCCGAGCCCCCGUCACCUGAGCCCCCGUCGCCUGCUCCUCCCUCUCCCGAGCCGCCGUCGCCUGCUCCUCCAUCUCCCGAGCCGCCGUCGCCUGCUCCUCCCUCUCCUGAGCCGCCGUCACCUGAGCCCCCGUCUCCUGCUCCUCCCUCUCCCGAGCCCCCGUCACCUGAGCCCCCGUCGCCUGCUCCUCCCUCUCCCGAGCCCCCGUCGCCUGCUCCUCCCUCUCCCGAGCCGCCGUCGCCUGCUCCUCCCUCUCCCGAGCCGCCGUCGCCUGCUCCUCCCUCUCCCGAGCCGCCGUCGCCUGCUCCUCCCUCUCCUGAGCCGCCGUCACCUGAGCCCCCGUCGCCAGCUCCUCCCUCUCCCGAGCCGCCGUCACCUCAGCCCCCGUCUCCUGCUCCUCCCUCUCCCCAGCCCCCGUCUCCUGCUCCUCCCUCUCCCGAGCCGCCGUCGCCUGAGCCCCCGUCGCCUGCUCCUCCCUCUCCCCAGCCGCCGUCGCCUGAGCCCCCGUCGCCUGCUCCUCCCUCUCCCGAGCCGCCGUCGCCUGAGCCCCCGUCGCCUGCUCCUCCCUCUCCCCAGCCCCCGUCGCCUGCUCCUCCCUCUCCCGAGCCGCCGUCGCCUGAGCCCCCGUCGCCUGCUCCUCCCUCUCCCCAGCCCCCGUCGCCUGCUCCUCCCUCUCCCCAGCCGCCGUCGCCUGAGCCCCCGUCGCCUGCUCCUCCCUCUCCCCAGCCCCCGUCACCUGAGCCCCCGUCGCCUGCUCCUCCCUCUCCCCAGCCCCCGUCUCCUGCUCCUCCCUCUCCCAACCCUCCCAGUCCCGAGCCCCCGUCGCCGGCUCCUCCCUCACCUGCUCCCCCCUCGCCUGCCCCUCCUUCCCCCAACCCUCCCUCGCCAGCUCCUCCCUCUCCCAACCCUCCCUCUCCCGAGCCGCCGUCGCCUGCCCCUCCUUCCCCCAACCCUCCCUCCCCCGCGCCUCCCUCUCCCAACCCUCCAUCGCCUGCCCCUCCCUCCCCGGCCCCUCCCUCUCCCAACCCGCCUUCGCCUGCUCCUCCCUCCCCCAAUCCUCCGUCGCCUGCUCCUCCCUCGCCUGCUCCUCCCUCUCCCAACCCUCCGUCGCCUGCGCCUCCCUCUCCCAACCCUCCUUUUCCCCUGCCUCCGUCCCCCGCUCCUCCUUCGCCCAGGCCUCCUCUCCCCAACAUCGCUGCUUGCCCUGCCCCGAGCUGCCCCUCGACCAGUCAGAUGACAGCCGUCGGCAUCCCCGCAAAUCCCUGCACGCCCUGCACUCCCGAGUCUAGUUGCCUAAAGGAGUCGAUUGAUGGUCAGUUCACCAUCCCCGGUUCCGCCAACAACGUUCUAACGGUCUACAACUGCAAUGCCAAGCCGCAAGUCGCGGGCGCCGUUCCCCUGGUCUUCUCCACCACCAGCGGCAGCUCCUUUCCCACGCUUAACGCCUACCUAGCAUCUUCGGUCGUCGGACAGGCUGCCGCUGUGGCCUGCUAUGCGGCCACUGACCUCACCUGGACCGGCCCCAUCGUCAACUACCUCUACCUCGCCCAUGUCGCCACACCCAGUGACAACUAUGCCUGCCUGACCUGCGACUUCUACAACCUCGCCAAGGUCACGCCCAGCGCCUGCGUCUGCAGCACCGACACUGCCUGGGCCAUCCCACUCAAGCCAGUCAUGGAGGGGCUGGUGGUCGGCACCGGCGAGCAACAACUGGGGGCGCCCUACCCGGCCGGCGUGUACUGGACCGCGCGCUCCGAUGCUACAAAGGCCAACGCGUGGGGCGGCUACUUUCGCAUCACACCCAUUCCCCACACGUCGUAUGUUUACGAGUUUGACGUGUGCGCCGGCUGCGGCCAGAACCGUGUCAGUGCCGGUUUCAUCAUGGCGCGCCUGAAGUUCCAAAUCACGAGCGCCAACGGCCAAACUUCCGUCACGACCUUCCUUGCGCCCUCCCUCACCUACCCGACCUACACGCCCUCACCCACAGCCUCCACCACCUCAUCCGUGCUGCACAUGUACCAGUCCUUCAUCGCGCCACCCACACUCACGCCCGGCCAGAUGACCAAGUCUGCGGAGACCACCUUCUCACUGCCCAUCACAUACGGCAACUCGUGGACCGUCACCAAGGUCAACACUGGCACCGUCAAGUUCGGCAGUACCAACGCCAACGUUCCCGCCACUGAGACCGCCAACGGUCUCUACGUCGCUAUCCACCUCACAGUGGGAGGGCAAUUCUGCUAUUAAGUUGGUUGAGUGGACUCGAUUGAAUCGUGUACGUUGUAAGCAUUGCAUGUCACAAGCCGUACCUACGCAUGCUAGGGAUGGCAAUCAGGUUAGGCAGUGAGAGCGGGCGACAACUUCGCACCGCGGUUGAUUAUGGGACUUCAGGUUCAGCAGUGUCAGCCUGCUGGCCUGGAAAUGUGGUUGCCGGACGGCAACUGCCCCCAGCAGCACGGCUUUGUGGAUAGCGCGCUAGUUGAUAAAAUUGUGGCUUAUUGCACAUGGUUGGCGGCGGCUACGCGCGCAAGGGCAGUGGCGGUUGUAGUAUAUUGUUCCCGUGUGUGCCCAAGUGUGAAAAUGCAGCAGGCGUGUAUGUUUUGUUUCAUCAUGACCAACCCCAGGGCAAUCUGCAUCCGCAAACGUUCCGCAAUGCAUCCUAUCUAAAUCGACAAACGAAUAAACACCGUUCAUUGGGUGGCUUUUGCUGUCUAUCCUCACACUCGAGGCUGACAUUAAUGACGGUAUGAAGAAUUGCUUCUGCCGUGUCCAAGCUUUGCACCUCUGCGUGCUCUUGCGGAUCCUGCGGAGCCCUACUACUCCUGGGGCUUGCCGGAAGGCUGAGUCCCCGCCAUGGAUACUUUGGAACCUGCGGUACUGCCGGCGGUACAGUUAAAACCAGGAUCUGUGCGUGCGAGAACCACGCAUUUUCGUUUCCUUAAAGCAUCUUCGAUAACCAUGUUGAGCGCGGGCUGAGGCGUGGACUGGGUGUGGAGCUGCCCCGCUGCCUUGGACGAUAAUGUCCUCCACGAUUGGAAGUGUGCGUGUGGUUCCCUCCCCGCCCGAUUCUUGUGGCUUUCCCUAAGCUC